AUGUCUGAAAAAGCGACGUUCAUUGAAAGUUCUCGAGGAAAACCUUUGAUAAUUCGUGAUAGUUACAAGUAUUUCUUAGCAUAUAAGUUAAAAUCUGAAUUAUCACGUUGGCGAUGUUGUUUAACGACUUGUCAAGCAGUUAUAUACACUGAUAAAAAUGAAGAAAUAGUAGCCGAUGAGUCACACAAAAAUGUACAUAAUCAUUUGCCAUCGCCAAAAAAAGUAAAUCGACAAAUAGUGAAUAAUGCAUUUAAUAAAUCCACUGAUACAUAUAUUAAUACAUUUAACCAUAUUAUACUUAAAUGCAUUGAAUUAAAAUUGACAAUAAACCCAAAAUCAAUCACAAUUGAUUUCGAGCAAGCUAUUCAUGAUGCUGUUUCUAUAGUAUGGCCUGAUACACUAAUAGUUGGCUGUAGAUUUCACCUGACACAAUCAUGGUUUCGGAAAAUCCAAAAUCUCGGUUUAGUUCAAUACUAUAAGGAAAAAAACUCUGAAAUUGGGUCUUGGAUAAGAAACACGUUUGGACUCACAUUUCUAAGUCCACAAGAAGUUUCCAAAUGUUUUAUUGAAGAUUUUAUGAGUAUUAUACCAAACGAUCAAAGAGUGAGUCAGUACGCUGAUUAUUUAACUGAUACGUAUAUUUCGGAAAAUUCUAUAUUUCCGCCAGUUAUUUGGGCAGAAUCGUCUUCUUCGUUAUCAAGAACCACUAAUGCAUGCGAGUCUUUCCACUCUCAUUUCAAAGAAAACUUUUAUAAAGAAAAGCCUAAUAUAUUUAUGUGGCUUAAUAUCAUAAAGCAAACUCAAACAAAUAUUUAUUGUAAAAUGAGAAGUAUACAUGUUCCAAAAAAAUCAAAGGAUUACCGAGCAAACAAGCGUCGUGGAGCAAUCGACGAUGCAAUUAUCAAAUUACAAAACGGAGAAAUGUCUAGGUAUUCAUUUGUUGCUGAGAUGUCUUAUAAUUAUAAAAAAAUGUAAUAUUAUUUACUGCAG